UAGUGAAGGCAGCAGCUCGGGAGAGUGCGCGAGGGAGGAGCGGGGUGAGUUAGUAAACACCGACAGUGCGCGAGACCUUCAGUGUUGGCUAACCCUAGCUCGCGACGCUUUAGUAUAGUUUGGUGUUUAUUCUGGCGUUUAAAACCAGUGGUUUUUCUUUUCCAUCUAAGGGCGAGUGUUUACACAACAUACACCGAGCUGUGAAUUAGCUUUAGCAUUAGCCUGUUAGCUCCAUCCACCUACAUACUUCAGACCCUAGCGCUAAUGCUAACGCUGGCUAGCUUAGACAGUCGGUCAGCUCGCUAGUUCCGGUCGCCUGACUGAUUAUGUAUAUAUUAAUAUAGAUGUGUAUACAUGUUUAACGGAGUAUAUUCGGUCACUGGUGGUGAAGUUAGCCCGCGAGCUAAGAUAGCGCGAGCGCUAGCAGAUGUGUCAGGUUGUCCUUACAGCUCGCGCGCGCUCGCUCGCUCGCUUGCUGUCUCCACAUCCUCCAUCAUUUAACUACAUAACCCCCUGAAGUGUUCGAGUUCUUUUCCGGCUCAUUGUAACUGCUUCCCCUUCUGGAUGGUGGUGCUGAAGUGAACCUGGGAGGUGUCGGACGUAAAAUGGGCGACGAUCGACCUUUCGUGUGCCCCGCCCCCGGAUGUGGACAGCGGUUUACAAACGAAGACCACCUGGCAGUACAUAAACACAAACAUGAGAUGACGCUGAAGUUUGGACAGACUCGAACUGACACGGUGAUUAUUGCAGAUCAGACCCCGACUCCCACCCGCUUCCUGAAGAACUGCGAGGAGGUGGGUUUAUUCAGUGAGCUCGAUGGCUCCUUCGAACACGAGCUCCGUAAAUCCCAGGAGGAGGAAGAGCGAAGAACCAAAAGCACGCUUUCUGCUGCUCCGCCCUCCGAGAUAAAGGAGCGAGACGGACCUCUGGAGAUCGACUCUUCUCCUCCGGACAGUCCUUCAUCUGUCUCCAGCAUGACCGACUCCAAAGACUCGGAGACGCUGGUGAAGGAACCCGUUCCCAUCAGGAAGAACAAGGAAGUGCCUCCAAGGACAGCAGCAGCAAGUGCCACGCCCACACCCACCAUCGUACGCCCCGGGUCACUCCCUCUGCAUUUAGGAUACGACUCUAUAAACCCCACUCAGCCGUCGCCCACGUCCGUCAUCACCCGGACUCCGCCCUCCAACAGGCUCAGUUCUCCCUCGGCUUCCUUUCCCAUGAUGAUGCAACUUCCUAACGGUCAGACUGUCCCUCUGCUUCCCAGUCCCGGACAAACAUCUGUCAUAUCAGUGGCCAGGUCAUCGAAUCCAGUACCCAAUAUUCCUGGAAUUCCCGGCCCUCCGCUUGGUGGAAGCAGCAGUGGCUCCUCCUCUCCGUCUGGAUACAACUCGCAUAACGAUGCCAAGAUGAGGCUGAAAGCUGCACUGUCACCUCAAAGUGUUAGCGGACCAAUACCAAGCCAGAAACCUGAACCCAGUGAGACUCUCUCACCUGCACAGCCACAGGUGUCUCCUGCAGCUCCGAGAGGUGGGCGUCGGCGUCGUGGGUCGGAGGUCGAGCCUGACGAGCGCAGACGCCGUUUUCUAGAGCGGAACCGAGCGGCUGCUUAUCGCUGCAGACAGAAAAGGAAAGUGUGGGUCAACGCCCUGGAAAAGCGCGCAGAGGAACUCGCCACUGCCAACGUCACACUCACGAAUGAAGUGUCUCUGCUCAGAUCCGAGGUGACGCGUCUAAAGGAGCUCCUGCUGGCUCAUAAAGACUGUCCCAUUACUGCCAUGCAAAAAAAAGCCUACCUGGCUGCAGGUGUGGACGAGAGCUCGGUAUCGGCGCUGGUUCUGCCCGUCUCUGUUCCGGCUCCGGUCUCCGUUAACGGACUGAGCGUGCGAGCGGCGGAGGCGGUGGCCGUGUUGGCGGGGAUGGGGUCGGGCCAGUGGAGCGGCGCAGGAGCAGGCGGAGACACGCCCACCCAAUCACAACCCACCUCCAGAUGAUGUCCAUGCGCUAUGGCCAAUGGGAAGGAGGCGUGGCUCAAGGAGGUGGGCGUGUCACAGGAGCGCAUUGUUCUUGAACUGUUGAAACCACUCCCCGCUUUUCACUCUCACCGUUUUCUCCUGACUUAAGUGUGUGACGUGUCACAUGAUGUCGCUGGCUGACUAUACAGACUCGGACGCACUGCAGGAAAACACACACACACACACACAGAGAGAGAGAGAGAGAGCGCGAGCGAGCUCAUAUCCUGUACUUUCUCAUGUUACAUUUUUAUAACUCUGAUAUAUUUCUUUGGUGUUUGUGACUGCAUGAUUCGUUCAGACCAGUUCACACGAGCAGGUGACAAGUCGCUCAUGUCGCGUGUGGGCGUGGCCUGUCCUGCGUUCCUAUGGGAAACGGAGAACGCUCUGAUCAGUGUGUAAAUCGAAACGGUUGUGUGAUUUUACAUGUCGCGCUCGGCUUCGUUCUCAGAUUAGAUUAGCAAAGCGAGCUCACGUACGCUCACCAAAGAUGUCUGCUCCUUCCUCCCAAGCUUUAUUUUUCCUCGCUAACGAGAGGGCGGAUAUGACCGGAGAAGACGAAACCAUGGUUAUGCGUUUUUCUUCUGCUUUUGCGAGAAAUAAUCGCAGGUCGGAACUGAAUUUUGCCACAGGUUCGUUCGAGUGAUUUUACUGUAUCAUACCAAGUUUGCAAAGAAGUCUCGAUUCAGAAGUUGCUGAAAUCUCCGUACGCAGAAAACGAACCCGUUGCCUUGUUGCUCGCUAGUGUGAACGUAGGUUUAGACGCGUUAACGUGCUAGGCUCCACCUCUCUUCUCGCUGCACUUCCUUCUUUUUGUCCUAACAACUCAGAACAGCGAAAGUGGAAAUCCUUCCGUGGAGGAAGAGCGGCGUAAUUUUAUAUACGAGUGUUAAUAUCGGUCGCUGUGUACGGCACGUGUACGGCACAUGUGCGGCACGUGUAUGGCGCGUGUGUGUGGCUAGCGUAAGCCGCACACAGUCACAUUGUUUUUAACAAAAUGAUCUGCUUUUGUUUAUUUUGACAGCACAACAACUCGCAUCAUUUGUGUGAUUUACAGGUUUUAAAAUCAUUGUAGGAUCUCAGGACA